GCCCUUGUCGGCCGUGCCCUCGUCGGCCGCGCCCUCGUCGGCCACAAAGACCUCACAGAACCGGAUUCUACACUUACUCAUUUGUACAGCCCAUUAGUGGCUUUGUAUUCGGCCCAGUAGCGGUCCAGUUGUAAAUGGGCCUCCCAAGCCCAAGGCUUGGGAGCCCAGCCCGUAUUUUCUCUAUAAAUACUCCCCUUGGGAGUAGUUAUAGGGGUUACGAAUUCAUUCUAUUGAAGCAUAUUAUUGCACUUCUCUCUCUAGCUCUCACUUCUCUCUAGAUAUACUCUAUCACUACCACAUUGGACUUGGUCAGCUUGUCUUCUAGUUGUGGAGUAUGUGAAUUGUAUUUGCUUCAACCUUCCAAUUCUGUUGUAGUUGAGCAUCAAGAAAGUUUAGUUGACUCCCAAGUUGGUUGUGAUGGAGGGCUGCAUAAUUGUGAAGUACAAAGCCAAACAUGUGGUGAUGAUGAAGGGGUUAGAAUCAAGAGGAGAAGGAAGUUCAAAGAAAGAAGAAAGAAAGAUGCACACAAUCAAUCUGAGAGGGCUGAAGAGGAAAUUCAGGCUGCAGAUGAUGAAGAAGAUUUGGAGUGCCAAGAAGACCCUCCUCUCAGUAAUGAUGAUGCUUCUGAUUAUGAUAAUGUGAUUGAUAAUGAGGAUGUUUUGGGGAGUAUGCCACACAGUAAUAAGGAGUUUGCACAUGAGGCUGAGGACUAUGAAGAUAGCAUGAAGUUGUACCCUUCUGAUAACCCACCAAGUUAUAUUUCAGAUGGCUCGAAUAUGAAUGAAGAUGAAGUGGAUUCCAACCUUAAAGACCAUCAUCCUUCAUACAACCAACCCACAGAGUGAACCUCCUGAUAUUGAGGUGGGGAUGCUUUUUGAGGACAACAUUCAAUUUAAGAGUACCCUCAUUAGAUACGUUGUGCACCAUAAGAAGAACAUAUUCUUUAAGAGGAAUGAAUCAAAGAGAGUACGUGCACAAUGCAUUCAAGAAAAUUGCCCCUUUUUGUGUUAUGCAAGUUGAGAAGACAAAUUCAAGUGCUUCCAAGUGAAAAGCAUGAACAACACACAUUUGUGUAAUGCAAAAUUCAAGCCGAGAGUUGUGUCUCAAAAAUGGAUAGAAGAUAAAUACGAGGACAAGGUUAGAGAUGACCCCUGUAUUGGCUAUGUGGCCUUAAAGCAGCACAUUGAGUCUGAACUUGGCAUUCAUAUUUCUUUUAGCAUGGUGAGGAGGGCUGUCAGCUGCAUAAAGAAAAGAAUAAAUGCCAGCUUUGCAGAAUAGUUUAAUAGGCUUAGAGAUUAUAGUCAAGAGUUGUUGGAUUCAAUUCCCAACAGUACUGUGAAGAUCUUGAUCUCCAGAGUAGUUGAUGAUGCCCCAUGCCUCUUCUAGAGAUUUUAUUGCUGCUUUGGUCCAAUGAAAAAGGGAUUUUUAGAGGGAUACAAAAAGAUAAUUGGAUUAGAUGGAUGUUUCUUAAAGGGCUUAUUGAAGGGAGAAAUACUGACAACAGUUGGAAGGGAUGCAAACAACAUGUACCCUAUUGCAUGGGCAAUAGUUGAGAUUGAAAACACUUCAUCCUGGUCUUGGUUUUUAGAGCUGUUGAAGGAAGAUCUUCAAAUUGUGGAUAGCUCUCCCUGGACUGUCAUAAGCGAUCAACAAAAGUAAUGAGAAAACGGGUAGAGAACAACCAGCUGCUGCUGGCCUGCAGCAGCUUUCACCCUACCCACCACUUCAGCCGCCGCCGCCCCCGCCAAUCUACAGCAGCGGAUGGCCGGAAAACUGCGGCUUGGAUUAUUUUUAUUGUGAUGAGGAGCACUACUUCAUUGAUUUUCCGAUGCAAGGUGAUGGUCAUGAUCAUCAUCAUCAGAGCUGUUUCGAUGAGUACUCUUUCCCCCCUAUGGAUAUGCUUCUCUUCAACGACCCUAUCACUUCCCCCUUUGGCAUUAUUAAUCCAACACAAAUCAGCACCGAUCACGGAUGUUCAUUGUUCCAUAGAGACUUGAAAUACAAGGACCCUUUUGGAGAAAAAGAGCAGAAGAUGAUGUUAUUGAAUGGUGAUGAAUAUGGAAGCAUUAGUAAAGUGGAGAUCCCAAACCAGAGAAGUAAUGAUGAAGAGGAUAAGAAUAUUUUCAUCAAUAAUGAUCAUCAGAAUACCAAUAAUAAUAAUGUUGAUGGGAAUAAUAAGAAGGGAAGAAAGGUUAAUAAUGUGGAAAGCAAAAGCAGCAGCCCCAAGAAUAAUAAUAUCAAUAAUAAUAAUAGUUUAUCAAAGAUGUUAAGUAGGGAAACUCUUUCAAAGUAUUUCUACAUGCCAAUCACAAAAGCAGCAAAGGAACUAAAUGUUGGGUUAACGUUGCUGAAAAAGAGGUGCCGGGAACUUGGAAUCCGGCGUUGGCCGCAUAGGAAGUUGAUGAGUCUCCAAACCUUAAUUGCCAAUGUUCAGGAGUUAGUGAAGGGCGGAGAAGAUGGGAAGGUGAGAGAAGUGUUAGAGCUGUUGGAGAAUCAGAUGAAGGAGAUUGUAGAGUGUCCUGACACUGAAAUGGAGGAGAAAACUAAAAAGCUCAGGCAAGCUUGCUUCAAGGCCAAUUACAAGAAGAGGAAGCUCGUCAUUGGCGGCGGCGGGGGAGAGACUAAUCUGCAACACCCGAAUGCUUCCGCGGCGGCCUCCAUGUCAUCUGCCUCCGGCGUUUAUAACUUCUCCGGCGGUGCGGCCGGAGUUGAUGCUACGGCGGCGGCUGAUUAUUAUUACGAGGAAGACCCUGAAAUUAAUUCUCUGUUACAUUGCUUCUCUUCCUCCUCGUCUUCUUCUACUCCCUGAAAUGUAUAAAGUGCAUGGAUCGUUGGACUUUGCUUUUUUC